AUGAAUCCAAUUGACAUGAAGGAAAUGGAGAAGAAGUACCAAUACUUGAAACCUGGUGGACAAUAUAUUCCUCAAGAUUGCAAAGCUAGAAGUCGAAUCGCCGUAGUUGUUCCAUAUCGUGACAGAGAAGAACAUUUGAGAAUUCUUCUCAAUCAUAUGCACUCUUUCUUGACAAAGCAGAAGUUGGAUUAUUCAAUCAUCGUCGUCGAGCCGGUCGAUCAAACGAUGAAUCGAGCCAAGCUACUCAACGUCGGAUUCGUAGAGGCACUGAAGCUGUAUGAUUGGCAAUGCUUCUUAUUCCAUGACGUUGACGUUUUACCUGAAGAUGAUCGCAAUCUGCACCAUUGUCCAUUUAAAAACCCUCGGCAUAUGGCCGUUGCAAUUAAUAAAUUCAAUUACAAACUCUUUUAUAAAGAAAUGUUUGGGACAAGCAGCGCCCUAACUGCGAAUCAGUUCCGAAAAACCAAUGGAUUUUCGAACCGCUAUUGGGGAUGGGGUGGCGAAGACGACGACAUGUAUAAGAGAGUGAAAUUCGCCGGAUACAAUGUCGAUAGAUACAACGACACUAUUGCUCGGUACACAAUGAUAGAGCACACUCGUGAUAAGGUUAAUCCAGAAAAUCCGUGA